AGACGACCUCUGGAACACGGGUCAUGAGUGCUGAGCUCUUUGUGGAUUUUUUGAAAAGUUUCUUUAGUAAAAAACAAAGAGCGAUCCUCUACGGUGAGAAGUUUCCAGAUCAACGUGACAUCCGUGCUGAUUUGAAUGCGCAAGUGACUAAAGCUCCGCAACUCUCGGCCUUAGAGUCGGAUAGGAUAAGCUACAUGAAACGACGCGAAAAAAGCGUCAGGAGAAGGGCUGUGAUUGAACAGAUGCAGG